AACCAACGUCAGUUUUCAGUAGUAACACAACAUAAACACUGCCAUAUUGUUUAUUAUACACUCAGGACAGGGCUGUUUCUUUAAAAGAGGCCCCAGUGUCGCACUUAACGGCGGCUGUGUCGGUUGGAUGUGACCAGCAGGGAGCUGCACUGCCUGGAAUACAUAAGGCAUUCCUAUCCAUCCCUCUGUCCAUCCCCUCCCUCCCUCUCUCCUCUUGGGGCUGUAUAGACCCUUGAGAGCCCUCCCCCUCCCACUCUUCUCCACCACUGCUACCCCCUUUCUUACUCCCCUGCCCUCUGAGAUUUUGCUGCUGCUCUUUAUGUUGCUGAGAGGCGCCAGGGAGAUGCUCAGAUGAUCCAUUGGGCCAUCUCGCACAACAUCGUCGGUAGCCCAAGACAGUGAAGACCAACAACAGAGAGUGUGACAGAGCCCUUGGAGGGGCUGCGAGUACCCUGUGAGGCCCACCCGCACACCAAGCCUGGCUGAAAGCUCGGCUUGCCCCCUCAUUCCUCCAGACUCUGAGAUGCCCUCUCCUCCCAAUGAAGGAGAGGAUCAAGGAGCGUCCCCCGUGAACAGGCCAUCUGUGGGCUCCUACCAGAGCAGUGGGAAGAGGAAGGUGCGCACCAAAAAGAAGAAAGGCACCAUCUCCGCCAACAUCACUGGCACCAAAUAUGAGAUUGUUCGUAUAGUAAUCAACGAGGUGGACUACAUCAAGGCCCGGGAAGAUGAUGAGACUGCCAACCUCAUCUGGAAUGACUCGGCCGUGCAGCAUGAGAGAAUCGCUGACCUCAGGAACUAUCAGAGAAUUAACCAUUUCCCUGGCAUGGGCGAAAUCUGCCGGAAAGACUGCCUAGCAAGAAACAUGUCCAAAAUGAUCAAGUGCCAGUCUCAAGAGUACAGCUUCAUACCCAAAACCUGGAUCUUCCCCGCCGAGUACACUCAGUUCCAGAAUUAUGUCAAGGAGCUACGCAGGAAACGCAAGCAGAAGACCUUCAUCGUCAAACCCGCCAACGGAGCCAUGGGUCACGGGAUCUCACUUAUCCGUAACUGUGAGAAGCUGCCAGCCCACGAGCACUUCAUCGUUCAGGAGUACCUGGACAAGCCCUUCCUGAUGGAGGGCUACAAGUUUGACCUGCGAAUCUACAUCCUCGUCACUUCCUGCGACCCACUCCGCAUUUUCCUCUACAACGACGGCCUGGUUCGCAUGGGCACAGAGAAGUACCAUGCACCCAGUGAGGCCAACCUGAGCCAGCUCUACAUGCAUCUGACUAACUACUCAGUCAACAAACACAACGAGAACUUCGAGCGAGACGAGACAGUGGACAAAGGCAGUAAGAGGUCCAUCAGCUGGUUCAACGAGUUUCUCCGCGCCAACGACUACGACGUGGCCAAGUUCUGGGGAGACGUCUCUGAGCUGGUGGUGAAGACCAUAAUAGUGGCAGAGCCCCACGUGCUGCACGCCUAUCGCAUGUGUCGCCCCGGACAACCACCAGGGAGCGACAGUGUCUGCUUUGAGGUGCUGGGCUUCGACAUCAUCCUGGACCGCAAACUCAAACCCUGGCUACUGGAGAUCAAUCGAGCUCCGAGCUUUGGGACCGAUCAGAAGAUUGAUUACGAUGUGAAGAAAGGGGUACUGCUCGAUGCUCUGAAACUCCUCAACAUUCGAGCCAGUGAUAAGAAACGCAACCUGGCCCAGCAGAAAGCAGAGGCUCAGCGCCGGCUCUAUGGACACGGCUCCGUGAAGAAACUCUCAGCUGCUUCCUCAGACUGGGAGAAACAACGGCACACGCUGGAGCGCAGGAGAGAGGAGCUGAAAGAGAGACUGGCACAGGUCCGCAAGCAGAUCUCUAGGGAAGAGCAUGAAAAGCAACAUCUGGGGAACUACAGACGUAUUUACCCCCCAGACGACAAGCUGCUGUUGGAGAAGUAUGAAAGCCUGCUCUCGGCCGCCUUUCAGACCUUCCUCGCCGGGCGAGCUGCUUCACUUCAAAAGGAAAUGAAUAAUCCUCUGAAACGAAUGAAGGAGGAGGACAUAUUGGAUCUGCUGGAGCAGUGCGAACUGGACGAUGAGAAGCUGAUGGGCAAAACCUCCAGGCAACGAGGCCCGAAGCCAAUGACAGCCAUGCCAGAGAGCAGUCAGACUCCCAGACGUCAGCGGCCGGACUACCUGGCUGACUUCACCAGUGGCAGCAGUGGCGAUAACUCCUGCUCCUCCUCAGACGAAGAAGAGGAGGAGAGGAGGAAAGCAGGAGGAGGAGAGAAGAGGGAGAAGAAAGUUUCCUAUGACCUCGGGGAGAGCAAGGAGAAGAACUUGUCUGAGCGCUCAGGUCGCAUGCACUGGAAACCUCCAAUCAAGUCACACAAAACCAGCCCCGCCCCCUCAGCUUCCCCAACACUUUCUGGACCAAUCAGGCGCUCCAUCUCCUGCCCUCGAUCCAUCGCCUCCCUCUCGUCGCCCAAUGAGGUGCGGGCGUUGUCCUCCAGGCCUUCUCCCACAGUUCCCAUGGCCACGCCUCUCGUCAGGCCGAGCUCCGCGACGCUGCGCUCUCAUUCGCUGAGCCGCAGUGGCUCCGCCCACCGUGUCCCUCACAGCAACAGCCUGGGGACCAUCCACUCCAACAUCGGCGAUCCGCUGAUAAACCUGAGGAGUAAAGAGCAGGAGGCCGAGCUGGUGCGUCAGACUCUGUCCGCGCUCACCGCCAUGAGGAUCAGGUUUCCGGGAAAAACCGAGGAGGAGGCUGAGGCUGUGCUGGAUGAGAUGCACGACAACUGGAAAUACCAUAAGUCAAAGGUGGCUUCCUAUUGGCUGGUGAAGCUGGACUCUACUAAACAACGAAAGGUCUUGGAUAUUGUCCGUACCAAUGUCCGCUCAGCGCUGCAGCGGAUCUGGAGGGAGCCCGACGUAGACAGUCUCCACCUCUACCGGCUCUUUAACCGCGUCUUCAACCGGCUGCUGUGGAGCCACGGACAGGGCCUGUGGAACUGCUUCUCCAACACUGGUUCUUCGUGGGAGAGCGUCUUCAGUAAGAGCAGCGAGGUGGUGUCCCCGCAGGAGCUGCAGUGCUGCCGCCGGCUGGUCCAGCUGUGCAGAGACUGCCUGGUAGUCGUCUUCAAGUUUGUCUCAGAGUCCCGCGGCUCUUUGACCGGACUCAGCCCCGAAUGGGACGACACCAGGUAUCUGCUGCCAGUGACCUCUCAGUUCAUCAUGAAGUGGCCUUCGUCCAACUUUGGCCGCAUCUCCUCGGCCAGGCUACGCUCACGCAGCCUUUUCGCCGCCAGGAUGGGCCACUUCUGAAGUCACCAUGGCAACUCUGGCUUUCAACACCUCGCUUUUUGACCUCAAUCCCUCUCCCCUGACUCUCACCCAACCACUCUGAUCUCAGCAAGUCCGGCGCCACAACCUGGGCCUAAAUCCUUGAAAGAUAAACAAGGAAAGUCCGGAUGAUAUGGGAUUUCUUAAGGGCCUCGUUCAGUUUAGACCUAGACCAGCAGACCACCCGCACCCCUGACCCCAGUUACACCAGACAAUGGGUUUCCCCUCUUAUCUCAUUGUAAUUGCUGUAUUAUACUUACUCAAUGUACAGUUACAAGUCAUGGUACUGUAAAAGAAAAGGAUUACAACUACUAAACAAUGCAAGGAUUAUGUAUUUUGUAAGGUAUUCCAUGAAUGCAGUGAAUGCUGACGCAUAAUGCAUAUGGAAUGAUAAACAAAACUAUCCCUUUUUUGAUAAAGUGGAUCUAAAAAAAAUUAAAAAGCUUAUUUUUGCUGGCUGUAAUUAGUUAUUAUAUGUCAGAAUUUUUAUUUAUUUAAUAACUUAUAUCAGAGGCUUUAUGUUUCAACAGUCACUUUAUGUUUCAGUUUUUACAGUGGAGGUGGUGCCCAGGGAACUGUGUAGCUUCUGAAUGCUAACGCUUCAUGUUUUACCUGUGUGAUAUUAAGGGCAGCACUGUAAAGCAACGCAAUGUUAAGAAUGUCAAUGUAGUUUUAAAGCCAAGCCUCUUUGCCUCGUAGAGAGAGAGCUGACAGCGGCCACAGCGCAAAAGAGCCAAACUCAAAUGUUAAGAGAGCACCCAGUUCCUAAUAUGCACUUUGCAGUAUGUUACAGAAAGAAGAAGUUGGUGCACAUUUCAGUAGUGUUUGCAUGUUUAGAAUUUAGUCCCUCGCCCGGAUUUAGUGGUUAGAAGAGCUGCGUUUGGAAUAUACUUGAAGUUUUGUGUUGUCAUUAUUAAUUAUGAUGUCUUUGUAUCGCCCUCACUCAGAAGGAGAGUCUUUUAGAUUUGUAGUCUGGAGUACAGAUGUGUAGAAGAUAAUGAGGAUUUGUUGCAUCACUUGCAGAUUGUGCGGCACGUUGAAUGGCUAAUAGGCCCAAAUGUUAUGUACUGUAACCACGGUGAUUUGCCUGGGACAAGCAGCCGCAGCCUUUUUUUCUUUUUCACCGCACUCUAGGUACAAGUGCCAGGGAGAUUGUGGAUGUGCCAAUAAUAACACAUCUACUUCAUGUGUUCAGUUGGGUUUUAUUUAAUGUUAAUAUAUCAUAAAACUACUGUAGGACCUCAGUUAAGUACAGUAUUUAAUGUCAAUAGGGAGAAACGCAGUGUUAUAUGAUUUGUAGUUUACUUGGCUCUGUGUACUACCCCCCCCC